UUGCCUAAAAAACAAAAACGUUUUGACAUAUUUUUAGUCUUAAUUAUGAUUUAAAGCUUUAUAAAAAAUAGUUUGAUUUUGAAAGAUGUAAAAAUGUGCUUUGAGUGCCUAAAGUUUAUAAUGCACAACAGUGCAUAGUUUUGACAGUCAGCUGUUUCCAAAUGAAAGUUGAAAGAUUUCAAUGGCGGUAAAAUUUUAAAUUAUAAAGCGAAAAUCGAAAAAGAAAGUACCAUAAAUGGAGACCAAAGCUGAUAAAUUGCAAAAAAAGGCCAUACGUGAUCAGCAGAAACGCAUAAAACCAGGAGAAUGUCAGAAAUAUGUACGUAUGGUUUUGGACAGCGACAUACUGUUCUCCAAAGCUCAUGGACUUGGACAUGAUUUAAAAUCAGAGAUUGAUAAACUUCAAUUAAACUAUGUUAUACGCAACUUACCAUUGAAAAUGUGCGUGAUUUGGGAACGUCAAACAGGUCAACGGGAAUUAUUACCCACCGACAAUUUAGAUUCCCCAUUAAGCGCACAAUGGGAUAUUGAAAAUCAAGUAAUACAAUUUCAUACAGCGGAAGAGCUAAGUAAGGAGCGAUCAGUGUCUGAAAUAGUUCGAAGCUUGCAAAGUAGUUAUCCUGAAGCGAAACAUACAGUAGCAUUGCUAGGACAUCGCAAUAAAACCGCCGAUUCAAAAGCAGUCAACUAUUCAUUAAUAGAUUUACAAGUCUUACACCAAACAGCCAGUGUACAAAUUCCACCGAUUGCUGGUGAAGUUGCAGCUACGCUACGUCGUUUCACAAAGGCUAUCGCCGAAGCACCAUACAAACAACAAAAAUCCGAAACACUAGGUACAUUCAAGAAAUUUUUGGCAAAUGAUAAAAAACAAUGUGUGCGCGUUGUGGGUACAAGCGGUUUUGGUCGUUUAUGGCAACAGCAUUUGAAUCGUUUGCCAUUGGUUACUUUGGAGGUCGCUGAGACAAUAAUUGCGCAAUAUCCAUGUCCGAAGAGACUGAUAGACGCAUUCGAAAAAGAUGCAGAAACAGAAAGAGAAAAAAUAGCCGAUUUGAAAAUAAAUCGUGGUGCGCCGCAACCAUUACAAUCGGACAGACGUAUUGGUAAUGUUUUGAGUGGAAAAUUGCAUAUGCUCUAUAACAGCAGAGAUCCAAAUGCUAUUAUAUAAAAAAAAAA